CAUCUCUCACGUAGUUUCUCCUUAGUUCUUUAUAUACUAAAACCAAUCGGUAACUUCAAGGUAUAAUAAACGAUACACUAAAUAUAUAAAAACACAAAAAUAUAUAUCCCUUCAUAGUUAAUCUAAGAGAACAAAGAGAUGCAGGUUGAGAUUGAAGAGAAGUUUGAAGAUUGGAGAGGUAGAGAGGCAAUUUCUGGCAAACAUGGUGGGAUUAAAGCUGCUUUCAUUGCUUGUGUUGUGGAGACGAUGGAGAAUAUGGUGUUCUUAGCAUAUUCAACCAACUUCAUGAUGUACUUUACAAAAUCAAUGAAUUACUCAUCACCCAAAGCAGCAACCAUGGUAACUAAUUUCAUAGGAACAUCCUUUUUGCUCACUAUUUUCGGUGGUUUUGUUGCGGACUCUUUUCUCACUCGCUUCGCCUCUUUCGUCCUCUUUGGUUUCAUUGAACUCCUGGGUUUGAUCUUGUUGACACUCCAAGCUCAUAUCACUAAGUUACAACCUCAAGGAGGUAAAAAACCUUCGACUCUUCAAUCAACGGUUCUAUUCACCGGACUUUAUGCAAUAGCUAUUGGUGUUGGAGGUGUCAAGGGGUCGUUGCCUGCUCAUGGAGGCGACCAGCUUGGUACUAGAAACCAGAGGCUGAUCUCAGGAUUCUUCAAUUGGUAUUUCUUCUCUGUCUGCCUUGGAGGUUUCUUGGCCGUAACCCUUAUGGUUUGGAUCGAGGAGAACAAAGGAUGGAGCUCAAGCUUCAAUAUUUCUACCGCGGUUUUAGCCUCUGCGAUCUUCAUUUUCGUUGUGGGAUGCCCGAUGUAUCGAUUCAAGCGUCCAGCAGGAAGUCCUCUGACCAGAAUUGUGAAUGUGUUUGCUUCUGCCACAAGAAACCGAAAUAGGUUUGUAACGGAUGCAGAGGUGACACAGAAUCAUACCUCUACCGACAAAAGCAUUCAUCACAACAAGUUCAAGUUUUUGAAUAAAGCAAAGCUCAACAACAAGAUCUCUGCAACACAAGUUGAAGAAACAAGAACGUUUCUAGCUCUUCUACCAAUAUUUGCGAGCACAAUUGUAAUGAACUGUUGCGUCGCACAAAUGGGAACCUUCUCCGUUCAACAAGGCAUGGUGACAAACAGAAAGCUCUCGCGUUCCUUUGAGAUCCCCGUGGCUUCCCUCAAUGCCAUUCCUCUACUGUGCAUGCUCUCUUCUUUAGCUUUAUUCGAGCUUUUCGGCAAAAGGAUCAUAUCCAAUAGCGAAAGAUCGUCCAGCUUCAAUUUGAAACGUAUAGGAUCCGGUUUAGCUCUCACUUCUGUUUCAAUGGCGGUUGCAUCCAUGGUAGAGGUCAAGAGAAAACAUGAAGCGGUUCACAACAACAUCAAAAUUUCUGUGUUCUGGUUAGAGCUUCAAUUUGUUUUGUUGAGUUUCUCGGAUAUGUUGACUGUUGGAGGAAUGUUAGAGUUCUUCUUUAGGGAAUCUCCAGCGAGUAUGAGGAGCAUGAGCACCGCGUUAGGGUGGUGCUCCACCGCAAUGGGUUUCUUCCUCAGCUCGGUUCUUGUUGAGGUCGUUAAUGGCAUCACGGGAUGGCUCCGCGAUGAUCUUAAUGAGUCGAGGCUCGAACUGUUUUAUGUGGUUUUAUGUGUUCUUAAUACCCUUAAUCUUUUUAAUUAUAUUUUCUGGGCGAAAAGAUAUUAGGCAAAAGAACAAAGUAUGUUGUCUUGUCUAUAGAGAACUCCUUAAUUUAGGUAAGUUGCUAUGCAUGUAGUGGAAGUCUAAACCAAGUAAUUAAGUUGCGUAAUGGUUUUUUUUGUGUGUGGUGGUUUUCAAGUUGGUUGAUGUGUCAUGUAAUAAUGGGAAGAAAUAGUUACUACCCCAUUUAAGUUUCAUAAUUUGUGAUUCUACCAAAAUUAAGAAAGUGUGAAAGUGACAUUUUCUAAUUA